CCCUCCGCACUCGCUGACACCCGCAAUCUUUCGCUGAUACCCCAAUACGAUCAGUACCCCGCGCUGUCCGUUUCUUCCGCUGUAUCGGCCCGCAACACUCCGUUCGCUCUCGCUGUCGCUCGUUACCCCUUCGUUCUCCCAUCAUGACACGGAUAUUGGCACCCUUGGCCGUGGUCGUCGCCCUCACAACGCUGGUGAACGGUAUCAAGUUCACUAAGCCAGAAGCAGGAAGCACACUGAAGGCCGGAUCAGCGCUAUCGGCAGCGUGGCAAGACGGCGGUGAUGGACCGGAAAUUGCAGACCUCACAACCUACACGCUGUGGCUUUGCGCGGGCGGAAACGAUGUGAACACCAUCCAACAACUUGUGCAAAUAACACCUUCCGGCGCCUUCGCGGCAGGAAACCAGGCCCAGGGCAUGGUGGGCACGACCGUUGGCGCCAACACGCCCGCGAACGCAUAUUUUCUCCAGCUGAUCGCCGUUGGGCAAACCGGCGGGACCGUUACAUUCUACUCCGACCGUUUCUCCUACUCGGGCAUGACCGGCACAUUCCCCGAUCCUGUUGCUAUCAAGAAUGGUAUGAAAACAGUUACGGGCACGGGUGGCCCCGACACAGACGACCAGACCACUCAAGAUCCGGCCAACGCACAACCCGACGAGGGCGAAUUCGCUGUGGAAUACACAAUGCAAACGGGGCCGACGCGGUAUGCGCCAAUGCAGCCUGUGCCUAAGACCAAAAUCACGAAGAAGAAGGCCACCCCUCAAUAUCCGACUAGCUCUGUGAACAUUGCGAAGGCAAUACUACCUACGCCCAAGAUACAGACUACAAUCACGCAGAGCCAGACACACUCAGUGUCUAGCAUGGCGAACACGAACGCCGCGGCUCCCAUGCCCUCAGACGACAUGGCCAAGUUCCUCGCGAGGUGGAAGGACUGAUGUGUAACAAUUUCCAUACUCAUUACUCAACGUUUUUAGGCGGACAGUUUCUGGCGUUUUAGGGCGCGUUGACAAUAGCCAACGCGAUAAUCCAGGAUAAGGAGUACUUCGGCGAUUCCAUUCGGGUUUUGGACGCAUACCUCGCUAAUUGCACGACACAUGGAGCAUCUAUAGCAUGGGAAAUUAGAUAUAAAGUCCUCAUGCCAGGCAUGUUAGUACGCAGUGACAAGAGAGGGCAGAAUAAUGAAAAAAGCUUCCGCACAUGAUAG